GGCGGCGCUCACUGUGGGGCGGGUGGAGCGCCGCGGGAGGCGGACGAGAUGCGAGCGCGGCCGCGGCCCCGGCCGCUCUGGGCGACUGUGCUGGCGCUGGGGGCGCUGGCGGGCGUUGGCGUAGGAGGGCCCAACAUCUGUACCACGCGAGGUGUGAGCUCCUGCCAGCAGUGCCUGGCUGUGAGCCCCAUGUGUGCCUGGUGCUCUGAUGAGGCCCUGCCUCUGGGCUCACCUCGCUGUGACCUGAAGGAGAAUCUGCUGAAGGAUAACUGUGCCCCAGAAUCCAUCGAGUUCCCAGUGAGUGAGGCCCGAGUACUAGAGGACAGGCCCCUCAGUGACAAGGGCUCUGGAGACAGCUCCCAGGUCACUCAAGUCAGUCCCCAGAGGAUUGCACUCCGGCUCCGACCAGAUGAUUCGAAGAAUUUCUCCAUUCAAGUGCGGCAGGUGGAGGAUUACCCUGUGGACAUCUACUACUUGAUGGACCUGUCUUACUCCAUGAAGGACGAUCUGUGGAGCAUCCAGAACCUGGGUACCAAGCUGGCCACCCAGAUGCGAAAGCUCACCAGUAACCUGCGGAUUGGCUUCGGGGCGUUUGUGGACAAGCCUGUGUCACCAUACAUGUAUAUCUCCCCACCAGAGGCCCUCGAAAACCCCUGCUAUGAUAUGAAGACCACCUGCUUGCCCAUGUUUGGCUACAAACACGUGCUGACGCUAACUGACCAGGUGACCCGCUUCAAUGAGGAAGUGAAGAAGCAGAGUGUGUCACGGAACCGAGAUGCCCCAGAGGGUGGCUUUGAUGCCAUCAUGCAGGCUACAGUCUGUGAUGAAAAGAUUGGCUGGAGGAAUGAUGCAUCCCACUUGCUGGUGUUUACCACUGAUGCCAAGACUCACAUAGCACUGGACGGAAGGCUGGCAGGCAUUGUCCAGCCCAAUGAUGGGCAGUGUCAUGUUGGUAGUGACAAUCACUACUCUGCCUCCACUACCAUGGAUUAUCCCUCUUUGGGGCUGAUGACUGAGAAGCUAUCCCAGAAAAACAUCAAUUUGAUCUUUGCAGUGACGGAAAAUGUAGUCAGUCUCUAUCAGAACUAUAGUGAGCUCAUCCCAGGGACCACAGUCGGGGUUCUGUCCAUGGAUUCCAGCAAUGUCCUCCAGCUCAUUGUUGAUGCUUAUGGGAAAAUCCGCUCUAAAGUCGAGCUGGAAGUGCGUGACCUCCCUGAAGAGUUGUCCCUAUCCUUCAACGCCACCUGCCUCAACAAUGAGGUCAUCCCUGGCCUCAAGUCUUGUAUGGGACUCAAGAUUGGAGACACGGUGAGCUUCAGCAUUGAGGCCAAGGUGCGAGGCUGUCCCCAGGAGAAGGAGAAGUCCUUUACCAUCAAGCCCGUGGGCUUCAAGGACAGCCUGAUUGUCCAGGUCACCUUUGAUUGCGACUGUGCCUGCCAGGCCCAAGCUGAACCUAAUAGCCAUCGCUGCAACAAUGGCAAUGGGACCUUUGAGUGUGGGGUAUGCCGUUGUGGGCCUGGCUGGCUGGGAUCCCAGUGUGAGUGCUCAGAGGAGGACUAUCGCCCUUCCCAGCAGGAUGAGUGCAGCCCCCGGGAGGGUCAGCCCGUCUGCAGCCAGCGGGGCGAGUGCCUCUGUGGUCAAUGUGUCUGCCACAGCAGUGACUUUGGCAAGAUCACGGGCAAGUACUGUGAGUGUGAUGACUUCUCCUGUGUCCGCUACAAGGGGGAGAUGUGCUCAGGCCAUGGCCAGUGCAGCUGUGGGGACUGCCUGUGUGACUCCGACUGGACCGGCUACUACUGCAACUGUACCAUGCGUACUGACACCUGCAUGUCUAGCAAUGGGCUGCUGUGCAGCGGCCGCGGCAAGUGUGAAUGUGGCAGCUGUGUCUGUAUCCAGCCGGGCUCCUAUGGGGACACCUGUGAGAAGUGCCCCACCUGCCCAGAUGCCUGCACCUUUAAGAAAGAAUGUGUGGAGUGUAAGAAGUUUGACCGGGGAGCCCUACAUGAUGAAAAUACCUGCAACCGUUACUGCCGUGACGAGAUCGAGUCAGUGAAAGAGCUUAAGGACACUGGCAAGGAUGCAGUGAAUUGUACCUAUAAGAAUGAGGAUGACUGUGUCGUCAGAUUCCAGUACUAUGAAGAUUCUAGUGGAAAGUCCAUCCUGUAUGUGGUAGAAGAGCCAGAGUGUCCCAAGGGCCCUGACAUCCUGGUGGUCCUGCUCUCAGUGAUGGGGGCCAUUCUGCUCAUCGGCCUUGCCGCUCUGCUCAUCUGGAAGCUCCUCAUCACCAUUCAUGACCGAAAAGAGUUUGCUAAAUUUGAGGAAGAACGCACCAGAGCAAAAUGGGACACAGCCAACAACCCACUGUAUAAAGAGGCCACGUCUACCUUCACCAAUAUCACAUACCGGGGCACUUAAUGAUAAGCAGUCAUCCUCAGAUCAUUAUCAGCCUGUGCCACGAUUGCAGGAGUCUCUGCCAUCAUGUUUACAGAGGACAGUAUUUGUGGGGAGGGAUUUGGGGCUCAGAGUGGGGUGGGUUGGGAGAAUGUCAGUAUGUGGAAGUGUGGGUCUGUGUGUGUGUGUGUGUGGGUCUGUGUGUUUAUGUGUGCAUGUUGUGUGUGGGAGUGUGUAAUUUAAAAUUGUGAUGUGUCCUGAUAAGCUGAGCUCCUUAGCCUUUGUCCCAGAAUGCCUCCUGCAGGGAUUCUUCCUGCUUAGCUUGAGGGUGACUAUGGAGCUGAGCAGGUGUUCUUCAUUACCUCAGUGAGAAGCCAGCUUUCCUCAUCAGGCCAUUGUCCCUGAAGAGAAGGGCAGGGCUGAGGCCUCUCAUUCCAGAGGAAGGGACGCCAAGCCUUGGCUCUACCCUGAGUUCAUAAGUUUAUGGUUCUCGGGCCUGACUCUCAGCAGCUAUGGUGGGAACUGCUGGGCUUGGCAGCCUGGGUCAUCUGUACCUCUGCCUCCUUUCCCCUCCCUCAGGCCGAAGGAGGAGUCAGGGAGAGCUGAACUAUUAGAGCUGCCUGUGCCUUUUGCCAUCCCCUCAACCCAGCUAUGGUUCUCUCGCAAGGGAAGUCCUCGCAAGCUAAUUCUUUGACCUGUUGGGAGUGAGGAUGUCUGGGCCACUCAGGGGUCAUUCAUGGCCUGGGGGAUGUACCAGCAUCUCCCAGUUCAUAAUCACAACCCUUCAGAUUUGCCUUAUUGGCAGCUCUACUCUGGAGGUUUGUUUAGAAGAAGUGUGUCACCCUUAGGCCAGCACCAUCUCUUUACCUCCUAAUUCCACACCCUCACUGCUGUAGACAUUUGCUAUGAGCUGGGGAUGUCUCUCAUGACCAGAUGCUUUUCCUCAAAGGGAGAGAGUGCUAUUGUAGAGCCAGAGGUCUGGCCCUACGCUUCCGGCCUCCUGUCUCUCAUCCAUAGCACCUCCACAUACCCGGCCCUGUGCCUUGGUGUGCUGUAUCCAUCCAUGGGGCUGAUUGUAUUUACCUUCUACCUCUUGGCUGCCUUGUGAAGGAAUUAUUCCCGUGAGUUGGCUGGGAAUAAGUGCCAGGAUGGAAUGAUGGGUCAGUUGUAUCAGCAUGUGUGGCCUGUUCUUCUAUGGGUUGGACAACCUCAUUUUAACUCAGUCUUUAAUCUGAGAGGCCACAGUGCAAUUUUAUUUUAUUUUUCUCAUGAUGAGGUUUUCUUAACUUAAAAUAACAUGUAUAUAUACAUGCUUGCAUUAUAUUUGUAAAUUUAUGUGAUGGCAAAGAAGGAGAGCAUAGGAAACUACACAGACUUGGGCAGGGUACAGACACUCCCACUUGGCAUCAUUCACAGCAAGUCACUGGUCAGUGGCUGGAUCUGUGAGGGGCUCUCUCAUGAUGGAAGGCUAUGGGGAUAGAUGUAUGGACACACUGGACCUUUCCUGAGGAAGAGGGACUGUUCUUUUGUCCCAGAAAAGCAGUGGCUCCAUUGGUGUUGACAUACAUCCAACAUUAAAAGCCACCCCCAAAUGCCCAAGAAAAAAAGAAAGACUUAUCAACAGUCGUUCCAUGAGCAGAAAACUGGAGUUCUGCCCUCAGUGUUACAGCUAAAUAAUCUUUAACUCUAAUUAAGGCAAGUCACUUUCUUUUUCUUAAGGCUGUUUUCUAGUUUGAGAAAUGAUGGAUUUUUAGCAGCCAGUCUUGAAGGUCUCUUUCAGUAUCAACAUUCUAAGAUGCUGGGACUUACUGUGGCAUCAAAUGUGUGGUUAAGAUUCUGUGGGAUAUUGAUACUGUUUGUGUUUUUAGUUGGGAGAUCAGAGAGACCUGGCUUUGGCAAGAGCAGAUGUCAUUCCCUAUCAUCUUUCUCAAUGAAAGUCUCAUUCUAUCCUCUCUCCAAACCCCUUUUCCAACAUUUGUUAAUAGCUACAUCUCUCCCGAUGUAGCACUUAAGCUUCAUUUAGUUAUUAUUUCUUUAUUCACUUUGCACACAUUUGCAUCCACAUAUUAGGGAAGAGGAAUCCAUAAGUAGCUGAAAUAUCUAUUCUGUAUUAUUGUGUUAACAUUGAGAAUAAGCCUUGGAAUUAGAUAUGAGGCAAUGACUGAGCCCUGUCUCACCCAUGGAUUACUCCUUACUGUAGGGAAUGGGAAUAUGGUAGAGGGAUAAAUAGGGGACGGGGAGGGAUUGUCAUGGAUCCAAGAAGUCUUUAGAAAUAGUGGCAGGGAACAGGUGUGGUGGCUCACGCCUGUAAUUAUAAUCUUCAGUUACUAAGACAGAGUCCAUGAGAGUGUUAACAGGACAUUUUCUUUAGAUAAGAUGUUUUAUAUGAAGAAACUGUAUCAAAGGGGGAAGAAAAUGUAUUUAACGGGUGAAUCAAAUCAGGAAUCUUGUCUGAGCUACUGGAAUGAAGUUCACAGGUCUUGAAGACCAAUACUAUUUGUCAAUAUGUGGGGAUAACCUGUAGCUGCAUUCAUGAGGUAGCAAAUAGCAGUUUUGGCCUGCGGGGUGAACAGCUAAACAGUGUUCUGGCAUCAGAUAACACGGCACAAAGGGAUUGUGUCUUGCUCUUUUGGAGAAAAUUUAUGUCCAGUCUCAGGAUCUGUGGACAAUAAUGGGAAACUUUGAAUAUUCCUCACAAGUUGCCAUAUUAGGAGUGGUUCUUUACUUCUCUGAUAAUCCCAGGUCAUCCAUUAUUAUUUUUUUUAUUUUUAAUUUGAAAUGAAGCCUCACUUUUGUCGCCCAGGCUGGAAUGCAAUGGCAAGAUCUCAGCUCACUGCAACCUCUGUCUUUCGGAUUCAAGCCAUUCUCCUGCCUCAGCCUUCCCAGUAGCUGGGAUUACAGGCACCCGCUGCCAUGCCCGGCUAAUUUUUGUAUUUUUAGUAGAGACGGGGUUUCACCAUGUUGGCCAGGCUGGUCUCGAACUCCUGACCUCAGGCGAUCCGCCCUCCGCUGCCUCCCAAAGUGCUCGGAUUACAGGCGUGAGCCACUGUGCCUGGCCUGUCAUCCGUGAUUUUAACGUGGGGGUCCAAAGGCCUCUUUUUGUUUGUUAAGUUUUCCUGGUUGAAAUUUCUUUUCUUUUCUUUUUUAUUUUUUUUGAGACAGAGUCUUGCUCUAUUACCCAGGCUGGAGUGCAGUGGCACAAUCUCGGCUCACUGCAAGCUCUGCCUCCUGGGUUCACGCCAUUCUCCUGCCUCAGCCUCCCGAGUAGCUGGGACUAUAGGCGCCUGCUACCAUGCCUGGCUAAUUUUGUUUUGUAUUUUUAGUAGAGACGGGGUUUCACGGUGUUAACCAGGAUGGUCUCGAUCUCCUGACCUUGUGAUCCGCCUGACUCGGCCUCCCAAAGUGCUGGGAUUACAGGAGUGAGCCACCGCGCCCAGCUGUGGUUGAAAUUUCUUAAGUGCCUUCCUGACUUCCUAACCACCUUCUCUGGGUUUGUGCAACAGUAAAUUAAAUGUACUUACCAAAAAGAAUUGGCCUAAGGCUGCCCAGUGCUUCCUGUGUUGUUAUUUCUGUUUCCUUUGGAUGAAAAGAAUAGGUGUCAUUGACUCAGAAAUGAUUAUUUUAGAGCAAGCAUGUUUCUAAAUGUAACAGAAUGAUGACUACUAUGGGUACUGAAGCUAGCUUCAGAAUCCAGAGCUUCUCUUUAGAUUUUUUUUUUUUUUUUGAGAUGGAGUCUCACUCUGUUGCCCAGGCUGGAGCACAGUGAGCACGAUCUCGGCUCACUGCAACCUCUGCCUCCUGGGCUCAAGAGAUUCUCCUGCCUCAGCCUCCCGAGUGGCUGGGAUUACAGGCGCCCACCACCAUGCCUGGCAAAUUUUUGUAUUUUUAUGUAUUUAUUUUUGAGAUGGAGUCUCGCUGUGUUGCCCAGGCUGGAGUGCAGUGGUGUGAUCCCUGCUCACUGCAACAUCUGCCUCCGGGGCUCAAGCGAUUCUCCUGCCUCAGCCUCCUGAGUAGCUGGGAUUACAGGCGUGCAUCACCACAUCUGGCUAAUUUUUGUAUUUUUAGUAGAGACAGGGUUUCACCAUGUUGGCCAGGCUGGUCACGAACUCCUGACCUCAACUGAUCCGCCGGCCUCAGCUUCCCAAAGUGCUGGAAUUAUAGGUGUGAGCCACCAGGCCUGGCCCUCUUUAGACUUAAUGUUUUUUAAAUGAGUAGGUUAUUACUGUUCUAAGAGUUUGAGUUUUUUUUUAAAUUGAGUAUUAUUUAGGAACUUGUGCAACCUCAAAAGAACAGACUGCCAGUAUAGCCUAGAUUUUGUUUGUAGGAAGCAUAAAUGGAUAAAAUAAUAGCGUAAUGGCAAAUUAUUUACAGGACUAUUUAAAUGCCUAAAUUUUAUUUAAGGCAGUGGGUGUCAAAGUGUGGUCCCAAGACCAGCAACAUCAAUAUCAGCUGGAAACUUGUUAGAAAUGAAAAUCGACAGGCCCCACCCCACAGCUGCUGAAUCAGAAAAUCUGGGAGUGGGGACCCAUGAUCUGUUUUAAGAAGCCUCCCUGGUGAUUCUAAUUCGUGCUCAAGUUUAAGAACAACUGAUUUAAGGAGUCACAUAUUUAGCCUUCUUGCCUAGAAAGAACUUUAUAGUAAGGCAGCUUAGUUACUAUACAGUUAAUAGCAAAUCUUGCCUGACAUACUCAGAAGAUGAAAUAUCCACCCACACAAAAUGAAAAUCUACUUUGACCCAUUUUCCAGGUUAAAUGAUCUUGGGCAUCUUGGUUUCACUCAUGACCACAAAUUCCCAUGAAUAACUGAAAGAAUAGAAUCCUGGGGAAAAACUAACAGGAUGCUUUUUAUGUGUACCAAGACACAAGCAAGGAAAUAUUCUUACAGAAUUUAUUCACAGGAGAUGGGAUCAAAAUCUUAUUAUUAACAUUAUCCUAUAGGAUGCUAGAAUAAUACUUAGAAUUUUUUACUUUAUUUUUGGCUGUUUAAAAUUUAUUGAGCACCAACAGUGUGGGACUGAAGUACCUUAUAGAACACUGAUAACAUAAUCUUUAAGUCCUUUUUUUUUUUUUUUGCAGACAGGGUCUCAUUUUGUUGCCAGAGUGCAGUGGGAUCAUCGUGGCCACUGCAGCCUUGACCUCCCAAGCUCAAGGGAUUCUCCUGCCUUGGCCUUCCAAAGCAUUGGGACUACAGGCACAUGCCACCAUACUUGGCUAAUUAAAAACAUAUUUUUUGUAGAGAUGAGGUCUCACUAUAUUGCCCAGGCUGGUCUCAAACUCCUGGGCUCAAGCAAUCCUUCCACCUUUACCUCCCAAAGUACUGGAAUUACAAGCGUGAGCUACAGUGCCUGGCCUGAGUCUUAAAUUUCUAACAUAAUGUACAUUUUUUGAGCAUGAACAAUACAUGACAUCAUUAGAUUAUGUGAACACAGACUGAGACCUUUUAUGGUGAAAUCUUGUGAGAUUCACUAUGUUUUAUUUACAUCUUGGUAACUGCUGACUAAAUGUCUGGAUGAAAAUAGAGGAUCUUAUGUAAAAUGAGAUGAAAAGCUAUAUGUCAAGCCACAUUUGUAAUCCUUUAACUCUUGGCUUCGGUAGUCCAAACUCUACAGUAACAGAGCCAUCUAAUGACCACUGGGACCAAUUACAAGCAGAUUGCCUGGGAAUUACUCAAUUUUCACAAUGAUAUAAUGGAACCAUAACGUAUGCUCUGCAAAUAAGCCAUUUAAAAAUCAUUUCUAAUUGGUUUUAUAAUACAGUAUAUUUAUGGAAGUAUAUAUUCCUAAUUUGUUUUAGUUAGAUUAAAACAUGCAAGGAGGCAGUCUUAGAAGCUUGUGAUUAGGGUUAAGUAUAUCAUUACAUAAAAAUUUAAAAAUCCACUUAAUGUGGCUACCUAAGAAGGGUUUGUAUGUGAAAAGAAAAUGAAGAGGUUAGGAACAUGACUGCCUUCUUUGAGGCUGCUAAUGUUAUAAUGAAGCCCCUCCAACUCCUUGCAUAAAGGAAACACUUUCAUCGGCUAUGUAUUUUCUGACACAUCAAAGAUUGCUCACAGAAAGCACCAUUUAGAAAAUUUAGGAGCCUUUAAACAAAAUGUCCAUUUUAAAUUAUUCUUUAGCAGUGUCCCCAAUAAGAACUUGUAAGGAAAAAGUUUCACAAUUGAUUUUAUUUUAGUAUAGUAAUUGGAUUUUCCAGUGACUCAUACAGAAUUGGCUUGAUUCUUUGGAGAGACCACAGUGAUGAUGUGUAAAUAUCACUUUGGUGGCCAAUGGAAAUACUUCGUUAAGAAAUUGGAAAAAAAAUGUUGAUGGGUGUGUGCUGGACUUUGCUUUUCCUGAGCCUUACACUCACCAUUGUGACAGAGAUUGCUGAUUGUGCCCAGUAUGUUUUCUCCUUCUCACAUAAUAUUAGAACUUCUGCUGUUUAGUUGGGCACAUGGUUGCCCAGAAUAAAUAUUAUUCUUUUAUUACUAAUAAGCAAAUUUAGUAAAGUUGCUGGAUACAAAGUUAGCAUGCAAAAAUCUUGUAGCUAUAUGUGCCAUGUCCAUCUCAUAGACAAUGAGAUGUAAAUGAAAGAGGUGUAUGCAACUUCCAGUAAAUGCUGUUUAAGGGGAGGAACAUACUUUUCUUCAUUUCCUUCAUCUUGCAGGGUGGAAUGCAGAGUUAAUACCCAGAAGUUAAGUAGCCCUCAUAGCUCAGUAUGUGAUCUUGGGGAUUGUAUUAUUUUAUUUAUUUUUAAAUUUUUUUUAAGGAGGUGAGGUCUUACUAUGUUGCCCAGGUUGGACUCGAACUCCUGGGUUCAAGCAAUCCUCCCACCUCAACCUCCCCAAGUAGCUGGGACUACAGGUGCAUGCCACCGUACCCAGUGGGGAUUGUAUUAGUUAUCUGUUGCUGCAUAAGAAAUUACUCCACAAUUUAGUAGCUUAAAACAACAAACUUAUCUUGCUGUUUCUGUGGUCAGGAAUUUAGGAAUGGCUUAGCUGAGUGGUUCUGGCUCAGAGACUCUCAUGAGGUUGGAGUCAAACUGUUGGCCAGGGCUGUAGUCGGUUGAAGGCUAAAAAGGGCUGGAGAAUCCUUUUCUAAGAUGGCUUACUCACAUGGCUGUUGGCAGGAGGCAUCAAUUCCAUGCUGGCUAUUGGCAAUAGGCCUAGUUCCUCACCACUUGGACAUCUCUAUAGGACUGCUUGAGUGUCUGCAUGACAUGUCAGCUAGUAUCUCCCAGAGGGAGUAAUCCAAGAGAGAACAGGGAGGAAGCCACAAUUUUUUUUAUGACUUAGUUUUGUAAGUGUCACACCAUAAUUUCUGCCAUACACUAUUCAUUAGAAGUAGCUCACUAAAUCCAGCCAACAUUCAAGAGGAGGGAAAUAGAUGCCACCUCUUGAAGGUAGGAGCAUUGUGUACAGAGUCAUUGCUCCCCAAAGACAGCCACAUCCCCAUCUCCAGAACCUGUGAAUAUGUUACCUUACGUGGAACAAACAACUUUGUUGACAUAAUUAAUGAUCUUUAGAUGAGGCAAUCAUCCUGGGUUAUCUGGGGAGGCUCAAUGUAAUCGCAAGUGUCCUUACAAGAAGGGGUCAGGGCUGGGCUGAGUGGCUCAUGCCUGUAAUCCCAGGACUUUGGGAGGCUGAGGUGGUUGGAUCACUUGAGGCCAUGAGUUUGAGACCAGCCUAGCCAACAUGGCCAAACCCUGUCUCUACUAAAAAUACAAAAAAAUUAGUUGGGUGUGGUGGCAUGCACCUGUAAUCCCAACUACUUGUGAGGCCGAGGCAUGAGAAUCACUUGAACCCAGGAGGCAAAGGUUACAGUGAGCCGAGAUUGCGCCACAGCACUCCAGCCGGGAUGACACAGUAAUACUCUGUCUCAAAAAAAAAAAAAAAGAGGAGGGAGUUAGGAGAGCCAGAGUGAGAGUGAAUGGAAGUGGGUCAGACUGAUAUGGCCAUAAGUCAAGGAAUGUAUACAGCCCAUAGAAGUUGGAAAAGGCAAAGAAUGGAUUCUCCUCCACAACCUCAAUAAGAAAUGCAGCCUUUGCUUUUAACACUGUAAGGCUCAUUUUGUACUUCUGGCCUCCAGAAAUUUGGGAUAAUAAAUUUGUGUUAUUUAAGCCACUAA